CUUCUGGUUUCGCUCGAUACCACUGUGUUCUUCACACUCGCAGGUCGGAAGCUCGUGUGGCAGACGGAAUUCGAGCUGCCAAAUCUUCCAACUUUGAUCAUAUCUCUCUAUUCGCUUAGGUUUUUUAGGGUUUGUGCGGGGCCUUCAAUGGAGGAUGAAAAAGACGUCUUUUACGUGGUCCGAAAGGGAGACAUGAUCGGUGUAUACAGAAGCUUGAGCGAAUGCCUAGAGCAAGCUGGGUCAUCUGUCUGCCAUCCUUCAAUGAGUGUAUACAAAGGGUAUGGUUGGCCCACAGGAGCUGAGGAAUUCCUUUCUUCGUUUGGACUUAGGAAUGCUAUAUAUUCUAUCAAUGCUGGGUAUGUUAAAGAUGAUGUUUUCGGAAAACUCAUCCCCUGCCCUAUACAGGAACCAUCUUCUUCCCAGGGAGGGGCGCUUGACAGGCCUUCUUCAUCAAAGAGAUUGAAAGAAAUGGUUCAAAUGGAGAAUCUCUUGCAGGGAAGAGAUGGAUCGACUUCACUUCCUCAGAGUCCUCCGCAAAAGCAUCUUAAGAUAGAUAAUUGUGUGGCUCCUCAGGUUACCCCUUCCAAUUGCGAGUCCUGUACUAUCGAGUUUGAUGGUGCUUCCAAAGGAAACCCUGGAAAAGCUGGUUCGGGAGCUGUUCUCCGUUCUGCUGAUGGAAAUGUUUUCCUUUUACGAGAAGGGAUAGGAGUUGCGACAAACAAUGUUGCAGAAUAUAAAGGGCUAAUUCUUGGGAUGAAGGUUGCCCUUGAAAAAGGGUUUAAACAUGUGCGUGUCCAAGGAGACUCCAUGCUCGUCUGUAUGCAGGUACAAGAUCAAUGGAAAACCAAGCACCCAAAAAUGGCUGAGCUGUGCAAACAGGCGAAGGAGCUCAAGAACCGGUUUUCCUCAUUCCAUAUACAACAUGUCGACAGGGAAUUUAACUCUGAUGCUGAUGUCCAGGCAAACAAAGCGAUCUAUCUUCUGGAGGGUCAAACUCAAACGGAGGAGGUUUGUGGCGGGAAGUACUAAGCAGAGGAUCCCAUCCUCAUCUUCUUCGAAGUUAAUGUUAACAAACAUGGACAAAGGUGAAACAAUGUCAUGGUCUCUCUUUUUUGCUCAUUCCCUCGUUACUCGUCAUCUAAGUUUGUCCCCAAGAACACAUGUACGUUGUCAUCUUAUCUUGUUUGUUUUUUUGGGCUACCCUAAUAUAACGUUUACUAGC